GUUACAGAACGUUCCAAGAUGGUGGGAGUGCUUUAUAGCUCUAGUGUCUCGUGGUCACGUGAUCAGCGUCAGGCAGGAACCAGAUCUUAAAUUUAAAUUUUAAUCAAUACACCUGCGUAGCGGCUUUUGCCAGUAUGAGUCUAAAUAAAUGGCUUCCAAACUGGGGCGCACACACCCCAGGAAGAGACAGGAAUGCACAGACUGCAGGAAGAAAAUGUAAUACUCCAUAUAUUUACAUCAUUAUUUGGUAUGUCUUAUUUAAUAUUUAAUAACGAGGUAAAGUGUAGUAGACAUAUAGGUGUACACAUAGAAUAUGCAUGUUUCAAUACUUUCCAUCAUUCUUACAUAGCACUUAGCUUGUGCUUGGCAUGUUACAAAUAUUGAUUAUCUAAUGACUCCUUGAGGCACUCUUAUUAUCCCAGUUUUACACACGAAAGAACUAAGGGUAACUACCCCAAGGAAACGGGUAUCGUAGUUGGUGGCAAAGCCGAGACUUUGAGUUGUAGGCGGUCUGGUUGCAUCUUUGUACUUAAAGCUAAAUAAGUGUCUUGGUAGGGAGGGCAAUGUUUGUUACACAGACACCGAAAUAGGGAAGGAUGGGAAGAACUUAAAGAAUUCCAGGCACAAGAGCAAGAGGAAAACCAACAGGAUCACCUCCCCCCUUCAUUUGUGGAUAGAAUAGGUCGGUGGACCCACUAAUUCAACAACUGGCUCUCAACCUUAAUGCUUUAAUACAGCUCUUCGUAUUGUGGUGAUCCCCACCAUAAAAUUAUUUGUGUUACUACUUCAUAACUAUAAUUUUGCUGUUAUGAAUCACAAUGUAAAUAUCUGUUCUCCGACGGCCUUAGGCGAACCCCUGUGAUCCACAGGUUUAGAACUGCUCAACAAGAGGUUAAAAAAAAAAUCCCUGAAAUAAUAAAGUUUACUCUAACUCAAUUUCUACCCCUCCCCUGUUUAAAUGGUGUGCUUUGGCCACCCCACUCGCCUAGAUACCUGUGCUAGCUCUCCGCAGCGCCUAGUAAACGCUCAUCUAACCCAGCGGUUAUCUUAGCACGGAGUCCUAGGUACGCGAAGCAGUUGGCCGAGGCCCAGGCGCCAGGGAAGUUUUGAGAAGAGCAGAGCUCUUAGGCAUGAGGUUAUAGAGAAGCCUGCGGGACAAGAGUGCGGUGGGCGCAGACCCCUGGCUCGGGAGAAGCGACAGCAGGUGCUCCGCGCAAGGCCGAGCCGGGCGGGGCUGGCAGACGCGUUUGGGUGGCGAGAUGCAAAGCCUUUCCUGUUCCUUAGGGAGGCGUGGAGGCAGCUUCCGCCCAUUCUUCCAGAGAACUUCGCGGACUGCUUAAGAGCCCUUUCCGAAGGCUAGCCCGAGUCAGGAAAGUCAGGUCUGGCGACCCAGGAUUGCCUCAGCCGGUUUCUGUGCGCGUCACCUCUGUGCAGAAGAGCGCGUUCCCCAACCCGGCCCCGGGGAGGCCCCCCAGUGGGUGUGGCCUCCGCUGAAGACCCCGCCCCUCGUGCGGUCGCGUGGGGAUGGAGGGGCAGGGCAAGGCGAUGGGCGGGGCGAGGGAACCGGGAAGAAAGGGCAGGGCCGGUGUGCUCGUGCCCGUGUUUGGCGCUUGGGCGGGGGCGCGCCAGUGCGCGCGCAGGAGGGAAGCCAGCCCGGACGGCCGUUGUCGGGUUCGACUGGAGGGGCGGUGAAGUCACCUGCGAGCGGUGCACCCGCCGCGUCCGAAUCGCGCCGGCCUCGCGGGGCCCCACGCACCCUGCGAGGCUGGGGCCGAGGAGCAGGCAGAGUCCGCGCCCCGAGUCGGCGACGAGGAGGAGGAGGAGUCGCACCCUUGGCGCCGCCGCCCGCACCCGGGCGGGUAGGUACCAUGGAGGUUAUUAGCAAAAGAUGGUGGAUCGCCUGGCGAACAGUGAAGCAAACACCAGACGCAUAAGUAUUGUGGAGAGCUGUUUCGGGGCAGCCGGUCAGCCCUUGACCAUCCCUGGGCGGGUGCUUAUUGGAGAAGGAGUAUUGACUAAGCUGUGCAGAAAGAAGCCGAAAGCAAGGCAGUUUUUCUUAUUUAAUGAUAUUCUUGUAUACGGCAAUAUUGUUAUCCAGAAGAAAAAAUACAACAAACAACACAUUAUUCCCUUGGAAAAUGUCACCAUUGAUUCUAUCAAAGAUGAAGGGGAAUUACGGAAUGGAUGGCUUAUUAAGACACCGACUAAGUCGUUUGCAGUUUAUGCUGCCACUGCCACGGAGAAGUCAGAGUGGAUGAACCACAUAAAUAAGUGUGUCAGUGAUUUACUCUCCAAAAGUGGGAAGACGCCUAGCAACGAGCACGCUGCUGUCUGGGUUCCCGACUCGGAGGCCACCGUGUGCAUGCGCUGUCAGAAAGCAAAGUUCACACCAGUGAAUCGGCGGCACCAUUGCCGCAAAUGUGGCUUUGUUGUUUGUGGUCCCUGCUCUGAAAAGAGAUUUCUCCUUCCCAGCCAGUCUUCUAAGCCUGUGCGGAUUUGUGACUUCUGCUAUGACCUGCUUUCCACGGGGGACAUGGCCGCGUGUCAGCCGACUAGAUCAGACUCUUACAGUCAGUCGUUGAAGUCUCCUUUAAAUGACGCAUCUGAUGACGACGAUGACGAUGAUAGCAGUGACUGAGGACAUGCUGUGAAGUAUUUAAUUGACUGUCUGAGAAUCAGCUUUGGGGGAAGUGUAAAACUCCUGGCUCCCUCAGUUUUGCUCUCGCCAGGACUGCCCGAGAAGGUCUUACUUACUCUCUGUGCCUGUAUCCUGUAGAAAGCAUCCGAUAGGGGCUUGGCUUUCUACUCCUUAUUUCUAGAUGAUUUUCUUGUAAGUUGGAAAGAUGUUUAUUUAACAGAUCUUGUAUCACAUUUCCCCCUGAUUUGGAAAAACUAAAAGCACAGAAUGGUGGGAACCUCGACAUCUGUGGCUUUUCCCCAAGCAUUCUAUGUAAUGGUUAAGACACCAGUGACACAACAUGGGUUGGAAAUUCCUCAUUACUUCUCUUUUCUCAAUACCGAGUGGUGCCUUACUGUGGCAGCAUUGUCACUGAAAUCAACGUACACCCUACCUUCUUACUUCUUUGAUGCAUUUAAACACACUGGUGCUCUUACAGGUGGAAAAUGAAUGUUUGAUCAAUGUAGGUGAGAAUAUUUAUUUGACAGCUACCAGGAACUAAAUUUUGAGGUAUCUCCUUAUAUAAAUACAUAUUUUUCAUAAAAUAGUUGCAAUUAUAUUUUUAUGUCUUUUAGGCACCAAAUGAUAAUGGUCACUUGUAUGCUUAAAGCUAGCCAGAUGCCACUCUUUGGAAUUUGAUUUGAAAUUCAUCACUAGUUAGAAGUGGCGUAUUCCACUGGCUUUCACUUUCCUAAGAUAUUUUUACAUAGAACUAUUUGCUUUACAUUAUUUCCUAAAGGAAAAAUCUGAGGAAACCCCUAUUUUUCCCACACAGGGUUUCUCUGUGUAGCUUUGCUUGUCCUGGAACUCGAUGUUGACCAGGCUGGCCUUGAAUUCUCAGAAAUCAUCUGCCUUUGCCUCCCCAGGCACCACUACCACCUGGCAAAAAUGAAAAGUUUUUAGAAAAUUCUCACAGUAGAACAUGGAAUCAUACAGAUCUGGAAGAGAUCAGAGUUUGACUAGAUUUCCUGUCUGCAAGCAUUGUCAAUUUUUUUGUGUGAAAUUAUCUUGAUUUACAGGUGGUGUUGUAUUUUACAGAGUUUAUGAAGCCCCAAACAAUUUUUAUUUUUGUAAAACAAUUGUAUGUUUAAUCUGUUUCUGAAAUCAUUUCACGGUAUAUGGAGAUAGAGUAGCAGUUGAUAUUUCUAGAUUGCAGCAUCGAUGAGGUUGCUUUGAGAACUGGUAGUUGCUCUCUUUAUGUUUGGAGACGGCUGUUGGGCUGUGGGCCUGCUCUCUGCACAGCGCUCUCUGCACAGCACUGGCCAUGCUGUGCACAUUCUGGCCAUUGGCGUGCUGCAGUAACUAGGUUUUCAAAUGUGGGAAACCAGCAGGCAGAAAGGUUUUUGUUUUUGUUUUUGUUUUGUUUUUUCCAGAGUUCUUUUCAAACUCCACCCCCUUUUCAAAAUUUAAAACAUAAUUCUGCAGAUGCCCUGGAGUUUGAUUCAGUACCGUGUGAAUGGAAGAGUCAUUGUUACUUCGCCGUGUGGUUACAGUACUAAUCUUACUUUUCUGUUCAGAUCUGAAAGUGUGUGGCUGUAUGGGUCUGUCUCCCUGCAGGAAAUGAGGAAAGCACAGUAGAGCAUGGCCUGGGGGCUCCGUUCCUGCUUUUUGUCUUGGUUGGUUUUACUGUCAAAUGGAAUUUUGUUUCAGAGCAGCACAUAUGUGUAGUCAGUAAGCGUGUUUGAAAGGACCAUAAAAAUCAGAGAAAUGCUGGUGGAAACUUGCAAAUUCAGGAACCAAGGGGAAAUGUCCUGAGAUAACAUUUGCAUUGUUGACCUUUGUUGAUUGUUUUUACAGUAAAAAUAUUUUGCAGCUUG